ACCCAAAAUAUGUAGGUUUCAGUGCGUGGCAUAAGAGUACUUCUCUGAGCUUUGAGUUAGAAGCUGACAGGAUACGUGAACAUUGUCUGACCCUGAACUUCUGUGAACUCCUCCCUCUCCUUCCUCGCUCAGAUAUGUAAUGGCUUGAGAUCAGUAGAGCAAAAUGGUUCUCUCGAAAGGACGGUGGAAAUCAGGCUUCCUCAAGCCAGACCCAAUAUCGAUAGAAUGAAAAAAUUUAAGAGAAGACUUUCCUUAACCUUGCGAGGAAGCCAGACCAUUGAUGAAUCGCUGUCUGAGCUAGCAGAACAAAUGACAAUUGAAGAAAACAGCAGCAAAGAUAACGGUGUGAGUAAUAAUGGAAGGAUCAGCUACGGUAAAGUGCAGCCUAUUGUGAAGAAUGGCAGGCCUCCAACGUCUCACAGCAUGCACUCAUUUCUCCACCAGUACACGGGAUCUUUCAAGAAGCCCCCUUUACGGAGACCACACAGCGUCAUAGGGGGCAGCCUCGGCUCUUUCAUGGCAAUGCCCAGAAAUGGGAGCAGAUUAGAUAUUGUUCAUGAAAAUUUGAAAAUGGGGUCGGAUGGGGAAAGUGACCAAGCUUCUGGAACGUCAUCUGAUGAAGUUCAGUCUCCCACAGGAGUUUGUCUCAGAAACCGGAUACACAGACGAAUCUCAAUGGAGGAUUUGAACAAGCGCUUGUCCCUGCCUGCUGACAUCAGGAUACCCGAUGGGUACCUGGAGAAGCUGCAGAUUAACAGCCCGCCCUUUGACCAGCCAAUGAGUCGGCGCUCUCGUCGAGCAUCCCUAUCAGAAAUUGGAUUUGGAAAAAUGGAAACCUAUAUCAAGUUAGAAAAGCUUGGAGAGGGUACUUAUGCCACAGUUUAUAAGGGGAGAAGUAAAUUGACAGAGAAUCUGGUAGCUUUGAAAGAAAUCCGCCUGGAACAUGAAGAGGGAGCACCAUGCACAGCCAUAAGAGAAGUGUCAUUAUUAAAAGAUCUGAAACACGCAAAUAUUGUUACAUUACAUGAUAUUGUGCACACAGACAAGUCAUUGACUCUUGUUUUUGAAUACCUGGACAAGGACCUGAAGCAGUACAUGGAUGACUGUGGUAACAUCAUGAGUAUGCACAAUGUAAAGCUAUUUUUAUAUCAGAUUCUUCGUGGUUUGGCGUACUGUCAUAGGAGAAAGGUGUUACAUCGAGAUUUGAAGCCACAAAAUCUACUAAUUAAUGAGAAAGGAGAACUGAAGCUUGCAGACUUUGGAUUGGCAAGAGCAAAGUCUGUUCCUACGAAGACUUAUUCCAAUGAAGUUGUCACAUUGUGGUACAGACCACCUGAUGUUCUCCUUGGAUCUUCAGAGUAUUCAACUCAAAUUGACAUGUGGGGCGUCGGAUGCAUAUUUUUUGAAAUGGCAUCAGGAAGGCCUCUUUUUCCUGGUUCUACUGUUGAAGAUGAGCUGCACUUAAUUUUCAGACUUCUUGGAACUCCAUGUCAAGAAACAUGGCCAGGCAUUUCUUCCAGUGAUGAAUUUAGAAACUACAACUUUCCUAAGUAUAAACCACAACCUCUCAUCAACCAUGCACCAAGGCUAGACACGGAAGGAAUUGAAUUGAUAGCGAAGUUCCUUCAAUAUGAAUCAAAGAAGAGAAUUUCAGCAGAAGAGGCCAUGAAACAUGCAUACUUCAGAAGUCUUGGAACAAGAAUACACACUCUGCCUGAAAGUGUUUCAAUAUUCAGUCUAAAAGAGAUUCAGUUGCAAAAAGACCCUGGCUUUCGAAAUUCCACUUACCCAGAGACCGGACAUGGGAAGAACAGAAGGCAGAGCAUGCUUUUCUAAAGGGGGCAGUGCAGAGUCGAGCCCAAGCCUAUCCUGUCGAUCAAGGACUCGGAUCCAAAGGCAGUGCUUUCUGUUGGUGGACUUGGAAUCGCAGUUUGUCUACACUGUCCUCUUAACAGUGGAGUCUUUUUAUUUCCAACCUGCAAAUUAUGUUUUUAUAUUUGUUGUCACAGUGUGACAAUUUUUUGUACAGUUGGUUUUAAGGUCUCCUCUGCCACUAGAGCCAGUAGGUUACAGCUGUUGAUGUAACUGUAGCUGCAAUUUUUGUGCAGGACUGAGAAACACAGUGCAUUAUUUAUUGCGGAAUCAUUGCUGCUAAAUAACUACUGUCUGUAUAGUUAACACAACAGUUCCAUGCCUGAAGAAGUUGCAAUGGCUUUAUAAUAUGUGAAUGCAUCUGUUUCUCUUGAUAAAAUGUUCUACUGCUGCGGGGUUUUUUUGUAUUUCUUAAACUGCAGUGUUUCCUGGAAUGUAAACAUAGCUUUGCUUGGCUAUAGGUGAGCCAUCUUUAAUGCUCUAAGUUCUUGGCACUUAAUUCCUUAUUUAACAUUGGAAGUAUGUGUUGAAAUAGUUGAAAAAUUAUAAUGCAUAUUACGUUUUUGAAAAGCACAUGGUGUGAAGGUUGAUUCAAACAAGUGAAAAGUAAUUUUGAUUUGCUCUCAGAUCCUAUGUUAGUUAUUGAUAAAUUAGAGCAUGGAGGCUGGAAGUUUUGUCAGGCUUACUCCAGCAUAACAUAUUUGCACAUUGUUGUGCAUAUGGGGCCUGCAGAAACAAUAACUUUUUUACCUUGUUUUUAACUUAGAAAUACAAAUAGUAAAAAGACAAUUCAUGUAUGUUGGACCCUGGCUUACUUUUCAUUACAGAGGAACAGGACAACAAAUUACACAAACACGGGAAUAAUGUCACAUUUUCCCACCUUGUUGCUCUCCCAUUUGUGCAUUAUUCACUUGAAAUCAACUGGAAAGAUGCAAGUUUGUACUUGAGAAGAACUCACUAUGCUACAGAGCUUUUACAAUGAGAACUUAGAGAGUUUUUCAGAUCUUAGAUGUUACCUGUUUUCCAGAGAUAGUGAACAUAUUACUACUAUGCUUAUGCAUCUCAGUGAGUAUCAUAUCAGGUGAUGGUUACAGUAUUUUUAAGCAUUUGUGUUCACCUUUAUGAACCUAUUUGUUUAGUGCAUCUUAAAGAGACUGUAAAUCUUUAUUGGUAUAUUUUGAAAUGGUCAUGUAAAUCUUUGGCUGGUAUAUCAUGAAAAUAGUCAUAGGUAACUUAAUUUUUCCUGACAUUCACUGUAAAGCGUUCAGGGGUCCUACCAUUUCUGUUCAGGAAAUCUUGUAGUUUAUUGUUAUUUAACAGUAUUAAGUGAAUUUUUGUAUAUUUCAUUUUAACUUUAUUUGUGAAUAGUGAUUGUGGCAUGUUUGGGGGUGUUUUAUUAAUAUUUCAUUGAUACUAGUAAAUUUGAAUUGGGAUUUUUUUUUUUUUUUAAUUUUAUUUUCUGGAAGAGAGAAAUUCAUGUGUAACGGUGACUAUUGGACCACUACUGCUUUUCAACAUUUGUAAACCGGUUUUACGUUAAAUCUUGUAGACCUAACAAACUGCUGUUAUUUCUAACUGACCGACCUGUAUUAAUAUUGUACUUUUGAAAGUAUAAAUAUUAUGUGGAAUUCUUUGGUUUUGUUUUGAAAUUUAUAAUAACAAAAGCCCUGUGUUGUUAAAAAUA